AUGCCACUGACUAUACUCAUACUUGAUGGCACUGAUGUGGAUAUGUGUUUUGUGGAAGAAUGCUUUAAGACAACAUGGGGUGGUGCUUGGUUGAAAGAGUUGAGUUUGAGGAAGUGUGCAAAAAUCGAACACUUCGAUCUCCUGGAAUGGCUUGGACCCGCCUUUUAUAGAAACGUGAUUCAUGGAUUGCGAGUUUUGAAGCUUUGGGGUUGUGGCACAUUAUCUCCAAAGGGGGCCUUUAAACCUUCAUUGGCCACUGGGAAUUCUUCUGGGAAUCAGGUAAAUGCCGAUGCUGUAAAUCUACCACAAAACGAUCUUUCCGGCAGCAGCCCAGAUGCGCAAACGCCUAUCAACACUGAAGCCGCGGCCGCACCCCCGAGCUCGGGGAGGGCCAAUCAUGCAACCCUCUCUCUCACUUCGUUAUGUCGUCGAAUGAAGAUAAACCUCGAUAUUGGACUUUGUACGAUGAAGCAACAGUGUGUCAGUCUACAAGCCAUUGAACGUGCAUACGCUGCCCAAGACAUACUUGAUGCUAUAGGCGGUGUCAUGGGUAUUCCACCGCAUGUGAGGGAUAACCAGCUGGCCGAUUUGGUUGUACUCGCUGAAAAGAAGCCAAUAAAGAGGAAGUGCUGCGUGACAGGAUGCAACGUGGUUAUAGUGAAGGCCCUGUGUAUGAGCUGUGAGGAAAACAUGACCUGUCAGAAGUGUCAGAACUUCUAUUGCCAACACCACGCUUCGAGUGAAUACCUGGAUUUGCUCUGCCCUAUCUGUGGGCCCUGCUGCAAAAACUGCUUCCCUACGUAUUCGACCGAAUGCAGUGAAUGCGACCAGCAUUUCUGCAACGAGCAUUAUCCUAAUGGGAGGUGUUUGAUUGAAUUGGAUACUGUCACAGGGGAUCUUUUACUUAUAGAUGAAAGCGAGGUUAUUGCGGAGGAGAAAAUGGUCGAAGACGGGCAAAUAGAAUACCAGGACCUAUUUCCUGGACGAGGGCGUGACUUCUACUUCGACGACGUCUGGCCAUGCCGUCUCGUUGAUACAGAUAAGGAUAAUUUUUCGAAUGUGGAUAGGACGAUUGAUUCAGACAAGGAAGAUCUUGAGGACCCCGAUAUGGUACCGGAGUUAGUUGAUCCAGACCAGGAUGGUUAUUAG